UUUUUAUCCCAUUUUAUAGUGACACCAGCUGAGGGCUAUUCCACUUUUGCUGGAUAUGCACAUUUAUCCUCAGGAUUAAUAGUAGGAUUAAGUUCAUUGGCUGCCGGUUUAGCUAUUGGUAUAGUAGGAGAUGCAGGUGUAAGAGCAAAUGCACAACAAAAUAGAUUAUUUAUUGGUAUGAUUUUGAUUCUUGUUUUUUCUGAAACCUUAGCAUUAUAUGGUUUAAUUAUUGGUAUAUAUAUCUCCAUCGCAGAAACACCAAAAUUAUGUGCACCCUAUAAUGUGUAA